GGUUUCUUAAUAAGCGAUGUGAAUUCACGCGAGAUUGUGUGAGAAGUCAACAUCGAAGUGCACUGAAAACAGCCUAAUAUUUUUAUCAAGAUGCCAGAAAGGCCAGAGUUUGAGAGAAUGGAGAGCUUCUCCAACCCGAUUGCACCUCCGGAGAUGAUGGAGGAUGAACUGGAAGGGGAAGAUCAUCAACCACUAAGUAAUGCAGACUUCCGGAAGAUGCUGAUGACCCCUCGGGCACCAAAACCUGGUGAAUCACAUGUCAAGACUCUACCCAGUGUAAGAAAGAACAGUGAUGCUAAUAUUGAGGAAGGUGAUGAUCCUGCAGAAAGAAGAAGAAAAAAGAAAAUUUACUAUGCAAAGCUUAAAAGACUUGAAGAAGAACGACAGAAAGAAUUGGCAGAGAAGUAUCGUGACAGGGCACGUGAGAGACGUGAUGGUCAUAAUGAUGACCAAGCUGACACGAUUAGCACAACAGCUGAUUACAGAGCUGUGGCUCCAGAUGCAAAAUCUGUUGAGAAUUUAGCGGAGCGUAGAAAACAGGUGAUCCAGGAGUCCAAAUACCUUGGUGGUGACAUGGAACAUACUCACUUGGUGAAAGGUCUUGACUAUGCGCUGUUGGAGAAGGUACGGGCAGAAAUUUCUAGUAAAGAACUUCAGGAAGAACAGGAGAUGGAGAAAGCGGUCAGUCAGGAUGCAAAGGAGAAGAAAGAGGAGGAGCCUGAAGAACAUAUUCAGUUUAAAACAAAGAUGGGGCGUAACAUCUACAGAACAUUAUUCAAAUCCAAGGACACGGGUCGUAAUGAACUAUUUAUUCAAGGCAGAAUGGCGUAUGUUGUAGAUCUAGAGGAUGAGUUUGCUGACUCAGAUGUCCCCACAACUACCAUCAGGAGUAAAGCAGACUGUCCUAGUCUUGAGGUAUCAACAACUUUGACAACAAAUGACAUUGUCAUCAACAAACUGACACAGAUUCUGUCCUACCUGAGACAGGGACGUAGAGAAAGCAAGAAAUUAAAGAAACUCAAAGGUAAACUGAGGGAAGCAGAAAAGUUGCAGGGGAAGGUGCCAGGAGCAGAUGACAACAUAUAUUCAGAUCUGACAGACUAUGUACCAUCAGUUGGUAAAUCGAAGGAUAAGAAAGACCGAGGUAAAGACCGAGAUCGAGAUGAUAGAGAUCGCAGGGACAGAGACAGGGACAGGGAUCGCAGAGAUAAGGAUCGUGACAGGGACCGUGACCGUCGUGAUCGGGACAGGGACAGAGAUCGUGGUAGAUCAGAUAGAGGAAGAGAUGACAAAGGUGAACGUAAAAGAAAAUCAUACUUUGAAAAACCGACAGAGGAGGAUGAAGACAGAAACAGACCUAAUGCUAAUGUUAAGGAACUGGUGAAGACCGUAACAGACAGGUAUAGGGGCUUUGCUGAGAUGGAAGAGGAAAAAGAAAGGAAAGCUGCCAAAAAGGAAGAAGAAAGAAUUCAGAAGUUAAAACAGAAAACAGAAAUAGACAGUUAUGCUGAAUGUUACCCUGGUAUGGAAGAGGCAGCUGAUGCUGUAGAUGACUCGGAUGAUGAAGUAGAUUACACAAAAAUGGACCAGGGCAACAAGAAAGGUCCUGUCGGGCGCUGGGACUUUGAUACCCAAGAGGAAUACAGUGAUUAUAUGGCUAACAAGGAAGCUUUGCCAAAGGCAGCUUUCCAGUAUGGAGUGAAGAUGUCAGAUGGGCGUAAAACUCGGAGGGCAGGACCCAAAGACGAGAAGGCAGAGUUGGAUAGACAGUGGCAACAAAUUCAAAACAUUAUGAAUAAAAGAAAAGGUGAUGAUUACCGAGGUGAUGACAGGAAGAAAUCCAAAUACUGAAAAAAUUUAACAGUGUCGUUUUUGUGAAAUGUGUAUAAGCGGACAGAAUUACAUGUAAAACCUUAAAAGUUUGCUGCAAGAAUUUCACACAUAGCAUUAUAUUGUUGUAAUGCUUUUGACUAAAGAUCUUGUGCGAUAAGAAAAUUAUUCUGCCAAUUGUGGAUGUGGAAAAGAAAAGGGAAAAGAACGUUUUUUUUUUAAUUUUUUUUUUUUUUUUAAUUAUUUGAAAGAUGUUAACUUAUAUAAUAAAGGUAUUGUCACCUCAGCACAAGACUGGCUAAUAAUAAAUUGCAAUGGUGUUAUUUCACCUCGAUGCAAAAACAGGUUAACUGCAAUAAUGUAUCUUUACCUCAGUUCAAAAACUGGUGAUCUUUAAUGAAGAAAUGUCACCUCGGUGCAAAAACUGGCUAACUUUAAAGAAGAAAUGUCCUCUCAGUGCAAAAACUGGUUAACUUGAAUGCAGAAAUGUCACCUCAGUGAAAAAACUGGUUAACUUUAAUGAAGGAAUGUCACUUCAGUGCAAAAACUGGAUAACUUCUAUGUGAUUGUUACUUCAGUCCAGAAACUGUUUAAUUGCAAUGACUUGUCGAAACCUUAGCACAAAAUGGUUAAAUACAAUGACAUUGUCGCCCGAGCAUAAAAACUUGUUAACUGCAAUGACAUUUAAUCUCCUCAGCACAAGAAUCUAUUAAGUGUGUUGACAAAAAGAAACAGUUAACCCUUAUUCGGACUGAGGUGACAGUAUGUUUUGUUUAGUUCUCAACAUGCUGUUGAGAGUAGGGGUUGACAGCAGUGUGUUUAAACUAUGAUUAUUUUCUUUUGAAUCUGUGAAAUGUAAAUAAAGUGUAUUAUUUGA